AUGAUGGCCUUUACUGAUGAACCACCAGAGGGCUACAUUGAUGACGACGGAUAUUCAACGACUUCGAGCAGUCCAGCAUCACCCACUAUUACGCCAGCCGUAUCACCUACGAUACAAAAAACUGGUGAUCAGAAGAAGCCACAAGAAUUGAACCCGUUGAAUUUGGAAGUCGACCCAACAAACUCAAAACUGCUCAUCGCUUGCCAAUCCAACAAACCCGAACCAAAACCCCGAUUCUUUCCCCCAGCAAAGCUCUUCAUCAGCCAAGUCCGC